AUGCCAUUGCCUCUGGGGAAACGGGUGCUUUUUUCCAGUGUAGUGGUCAGUGGGAGCUGUGCCCUUACAUAUUACCUUAUACAAAAAGCUUUUUCCAGGGCUUCCUAUUACGAGCUGGUAUUGGAGCAGCUGCACAGCCACCCUGAGUCCCUGGAAGCUCUGUGCACUCCUCUCAACAUCCACUAUCUACACCUCACUGACAAGUACAACUUUGUGGAUAUUGCCAGUACCCAGUUGAAGAUUCCUGUCUCUGGAUUCAAGUCAGAGGGCCAUCUCUAUGUCAACUCAUCCAGAGAUGCCCCCUUUCAGAGAUGGCACCCUCAGGAUGUCUUCUUAAAUCUUAAGGAUGGUUAG